UGGACAGUUAAUCUAAUGUAAUAAUCAAUCACACCUGAGUUUAUAAAAUCUUGUUUGUUAAGUAUGAAUGAUUACAAAAACACUCGUUGGAUUAAAUAAGCUGUUUAAGAAAAUUAAGAAAUAACAUUUGAUAUUAUAUGUGAGACAAUAAAAGAAGUAUUGAUAACAGAUCAACAUUCUCCGAUGGCUAAAUUAUUUGCUAUGAGAGUAAAUUGAUAAUUAAAUAAAUUAGUUAAGUAAAGACUUAGUAGAUAUAUUUAACAUGCGAUUUGUUUAAAAAUUUGAAAUAUAAACAUUAGAAUCUCUGAAAUAUUAUGCAGAAUUUGGUGAUCCAAAAAAUGAAACUAAUCGAGGAACCAAUUUAUUUGGAGAGAAUAUGGGUAUAAAUUAAUAAUUAUUUUAGAAAAGGAUAUCAAAUAAAUAGGAGUGUCAUUAGUAAGAUUAGCAUCAGAAUGUAUUCAUGCAUGGGCAUAAUUCUUUCCUUUAACUACAUUAGGUGGUCCAACUAAUUUUAUUAAAUUAUAUUUAGAAAUUAAAAAGAAAGGAUAUAUAUUCCCUUCUUGGACUUAUUACAAAGAAGAAUUCGUUAAAAACAAUUAAAACAAUUAGUUUACUCGUGAAGUUAAUUUGUUAUUAUCAUAAUAAGAAAUGAAAUCAGAAUAAGUACAAUUACUUGAUUCUGUAAAACCAAUACAACCAAUUUAAGUAGUAAAUCCUUAACAAUAAUCUAAUAUUAAUAUAACUUAAACUCCAAUUAGUUAAACUCCAGGAAAUUAAGAAAAUACAAAGAUUAAUUGCGUACAAAAAUCCAAGCUUGUAAUAGAUAGAUGUAGAAAGUUAAUAGAUGAAGUAGGAGACAUAUGUUCAAAAACUUUAAUUUGCGAACCUUAGAUGUUUUAAUUAUAAAGAGAUGAAGCAUUCGCAAAAAAUGAAGAAAUGGAUAUAUUGGUUAAUGAAUUAAUAGAUCACGAUGAAGAAAAUUUAGCAGGAGAAGCUAUGAUUCAAAUGGAUUAUUUAUAAGAAUUAUUAUAAGAUUUAAAUAAUCUUAAUAAAGAUCUAUCUAAUUAAGAAUUUAGAAAAAAAUAUAUCAAAAAUAAAAGAGAUUUUGCAUAAGAAUAAUUUUAAUAAUUAUAAUCAAUUCAAUAGAGAGAAAUAGAAAGAUAAGAAGCAUUAAAACGUUAAUAAGUUGAAUAAGAAAAUGCUAAAGAAUAAGCAAGAAUUUUAUAAGAGUUAGAAGCUAAAUCAAAAUAAUAACAAGAGUAAAGAGAAAGAGAAAUCCAAUAAUACAUACUUGAAUAAUAAAAAGAAGAUUAAAGAAAAAGAAAAGAAUAAGAAAAAUUAGAAUAAUUAGAACGUGAAUAAUAAAGAUUAAUAAAAGAAUAAAAUGAAAAAUUUUUAAUAUAAGAAGAAGAAGAAAAGAAGAAAAAAGAAUAUGAAAUUCAAAAAAAAAAAGAAGAAUAAGAUUUAUUAGAAAAAUAAAGAAGAGAAGAAGAAUUAAGAUUGUUAAAAUAAAAAUAUGAGUAAGAAUUAAAAGAAAAAGAACUAAAAGAGAAAGAAUAAGAAAGAAGAUUUAAAUAACAAUAAGAAGAAUUAAGAAAAAAUGAUUUAGAAUAAUAAUAAUAAAAAAUAAUUGAUUUAUAAAGAAGUUAUUAACAAAAUUAAAUUUCAUAAAGUGAUUUAUAAAAGGCUUAAGAAUUAGUUGGAACAUCAAAUAUUAAAAUGUAAAAUUCUUAAUUAGAAUAUCCAUUAGAUAGAUCUUAAAUUCAAAACAAGAUUCGAAAACCAAUCAGUUAAUCCAGUUAAGGAAGGAAUCUUUAACCAUAAAAUUAAAAAAUAAAAGGUGAUUUUAGUGGAGCUCCUGAUAUGAUUAAAGAAAAUAAAUCGCAAAUAAAUUAGUUUGAAAAAAACUAAAUUGAAAUUUUAUUGCAAUAAGUUCAAAAUUUGUAAAGAGACAAAUAAUAAAUUCAAAAAUAAUUAGAAGAAACAUCAGAGAGAAAUAAAUAAUGGGAAAAUAUGUAUUCUUUAAAUGGAGAUGAAAAUAGAAUAUAAGAAGAUUUGAAGAAUUUAUAAAAGAAAUUUGAUUAAUUAUAAUAAGAAAAAAAUUCUAUUUAGAAUUAACUAACUAUUAAUAAAUAAUAAUUUGAUGAUUAUAAAAUAAAUAAUGAAAGGAUGAAAUAAUAACAAAGAGAAUAAAGUGAUUUAGAAUUGAAUAAUUUCAAAAUUGAGAGAUAACAAUUAUUUUCAGAAAAAUAAGAUUUAUUAAGAUAAUUAAACUAAAUGUAGACAUAAUAAACAAAUAAUGUAGAUUAACAAGAUAAGACAACUUAAAAUGAAUAAUUGAUAAGUUAAUUGAGAAGAGAAAUUGAAUAUUUAAAAUAAGAGAAAUUAAAUAUACAAUAACGAUUAUAAGAAGAUGUUGAUUAAAAUAGAUUACUACUAAAUGAAAAAUCAAGUUUUUCAGAAGCUCUUAAUAAGUAAUUGAAUAUUUAUAAGGCUUAGUUAGAAAAAAGCUCAUAAGAUUAUUUGAACAUUUAAGAAUAUUAAAAAAAAUAGAGUGAAUAACUUUUAAUAUAAGUAUAAGAUGCUCGAAAAGAAAGUAUGAAUUCAAAAUAACAAAUAAAUAUAAUUUAAUUGUAACUUAGUGAUAAAGAAGCUGAAAAUAGAUAACUAUAAUAAAGUUAUUAAGCAGCUUUAAAAGAAAAUUAAUAAUUGAAAAAAAAUCUCGAAACUGCUUAACAAUAAAUCGAUUAAUUCAUUUCAAAUAAUAUGGAUAAUAGAAGCUCGACUUUAUUACAAUAAAAAUUAUAAUAAAAACUUGAUGAAAUUGAUAAACUAAAAGAAGAUCAUAAAAUUGCUUUUAAAGAAAAGGAUGAUUAUUAUAAAUAAAGAAUAGAGGAUCUAACUUAGGAAAAAUAAAAAUUAUAAAAAGAUUUAUUUGAAUUACAAUAAUAAGUAUAACAACAUAAUGUUGUAGCUAUGGAAGCCAUUUAAAAAUAAGUUUAGUAAAAAUUUAGAGUGUCAUCUAAAAAUAACUCUAAAUCUCAAAUGUCUGAACUUGAAUCAAUUUAACAAUUAAAAUAAUUAGAAAAUUCUGAUGUUAAAGUUAGUUUUUUUUAAGAAUAAAAGGUAUUUUAAUGUCCGAUAACACAAUUUAAACAUUUUCCAGCAAAUAAAAAAUUCUCUCUUGAAUAAGUGAUUUAAAAAUAAAAAAAUAUUAAUCCAGAAAGUUUGGAAUUAAUUUUUCCAUAUUAAUGUCCUGAAGAUUACUUUAAUAAUAAAUAAUAAAAGACAAGGAAAGGUAGAUUAAUAAUAUAAACUUAAAAUUUUGAUGAAAUCUCUCAUUUGAAUAAAGAAAAUAUAAACUUUUUCAAAUAGAGAUGUUUAGGAACUUAAGGUAUUCUAUUUGAAGAAUAUGGAGUAUAAUUUGGAUUAAUGUAUUAAACUUAAGUGUAAAAGAAUAAAUCUUAUUUUACUUAUGGACUAUAUAUAAAGAGUAGUACUUAAGAUAUGAAAUAUAAUUUCACUGUUUAGUUCUUGGAAAGAGAAGGUAAAAUUAUAUAUAUAUGUAAUUUUAGAAUUCUAACAAUUUUGGGCAGAUCCUAUAGAAUUUUCUAAGACUUUGGAUGAAAAUUCCAAUGAUUUAAUAGAAAUUGUAGUAGAAUCCAAUAAGAUUCCUUAAUAAAUUUUGACAUUGUAAAUAUCUUAUUCUGAUAUUCAUCCAUUCUAAAUUUACAUACCAAAUCACAUUUGCUAAUAAAUAGUUUAUAAAGAAAUAAAAGUGAAUGAAUUUUAAAGUAAAUGGAAAUAAUAAAUUUAAAAUUAAAUCAGAACCUCUUUACUUAAUAUAAACAAGGAAGUUAUAAAAGAUAUUUAUAAUUUUCAGAAACAGAUAUCAAAAAUAAUAAUAUUAAAUAUUAACAAAAUAAAUGACUUUGAAUUGGGAAUAGAUGAAAUAAAAUUAGGAGGUUCAUGUACUUACUCAGAUAUAUCAUUUUUAAUAAAAGUAUAAAUAUAUAUCUAUUUUAUUUAGUUCGAAAUUUUACCUAAUGAUAAAAUUUGCAUUUAUUUAACUUUUGAAUCUUAAUUCAAUUCUUAAAGAUAAACUUUAGAAAAUAUAUUAAAUGGAUAUGCGUUAAUAUUGGGUGAGGAUGAUAAAGUUUAAUGA